AUGCCUGAACUGGACCACUUUCCUCCUGUGAGGGACCACCACCACCACCAGGACUACCCCGAGUCAUUACCGGCCGACCCUGCCCAAAUCCAAAACAACAUUUUGGAGGAGCAGGUGGAACUAUGGUGGUUCCGAGAUCCGCGGAAGUCUCUGCUCUGCUACUGCGUGUCCAUACUCCUCAUACUGGGCUGCGGACUGGGCGGGGUGGGCCUCCUGUCCACCACCACCAGCGUGUCCAGCGAAUGGCGACUGGGAGUAGGCACUGCGCUCUGCCUUCUCGCUCUCGGAGUCCUCCUCAAGCAGCUGCUGAGCUCGGCCGUGCAAGACAUGAACUGUGUGCGGAGCAGGCGGAGAAUAGACAUGUUGAAAAGCGGCGGGCUGUCGGAUCUGCUGGUGGUUUUGAUCACCGGCGCCUCGCUUCUCAUAUGCGGCGGGGUCCUGCUGCAUCUGGCUCUGGCCAAUCACAUGCCCAAACCGGGUCAGGCGCUCAAUGACAUGUACAUCUCUGGGGUGGUGCUGCUGACCGGAGGGGGGGCGGCCGUGGCGGGAGUGGGGGUCUACGCCGCCGUGGUGAUGUUGCUGGAGAGGACGAGGCACGGUCGGCGCUUGGUGGACCGGGUGUGGCAUAUUUUCACGGUUUCGGGACACAUGGACCGUCCCGGGCGCAGGGAGACCACGUCCAGUUUGGCCAAUCUCAUCUGA